CGGACACGUUGCUUUGCUCUGCGCAGUCGCAAACACACGACGACAUCGCAGCAAUGGAGUCGUAUCCUGAGUAUCAUUACCACCAGCAUACUAACCAUCAUGAUAACCAGGAAACUUGCGGGGAUUCGAUGCAGCGCACGCUGUAUGUUGGGAAUCUCAGCAGAAUUGUCACAGAAGAAUUCAUCGUUGCACUUUUCUCAGAGUUUGGACAUUGUACUUGUAAAAUGAUGAACGAAUUGAGGCGCAACGAAGGGGAAGGGGAGCAAGGAGGGAAUGACCCAUACUGCUUCGUAGAGUUUUCAGAUCACAAACACGCAUUAAAUGCGUUAGUAAUGAAUGGUAGAAAGUUAUUCGAUAAGGAUAUCAAAGUAAACUGGGCUACUACACCAAGUGCAAAAAAAGAUACCAGUGUUCAUCGUCAGAUCAUUUCAGGUCAUCAUCAUAUAUUUGUUGGUGAUUUAGACCCUUCUGUAGAGACAGCUGAUCUCUAUAAUGCCUUUUCCGUUUAUGGAACUAUUUCAGACACACGCGUUGUGAGAGAUCCCACAAAAGAAAACCGAUCAAAGGGAUAUGGGUUUGUCUCCUUUGAAAAGGAAGAAGAAGCCAAAAAUGCCAUCAAAGCAAUGAAUGGUAAAUUUCUUGGUGGCAAAAUCAUCCGUACAAACUGGGCAGUACGUAAACCUUCAGAGCAGAAAAUAGAGACAAAGUCACAUGAGGAGGUGUAUAAUCAGGCAAGUGUCAACAAUUGUACAGUAUACUGCGGUGGUAUUCAAAAUGGGAUGUCAGAAGAAUUACUACGCCAAAGGUUUCAGGAGUUUGGUACCAUACAGGAGAUUAGGCAAUUUCCAGAAAAAGGUUAUGCAUUCAUUCGAUUUGCAUCUCAUGAUGAAGCCACUGCAGCCAUUGUUGGUGUGCAUAGUCAGCUUGUUGGCAACUACAAAGUCAAAUGUUCGUGGGGGAAAGAAACGCCAUCAGAGCCAUCAGCUCAUGUUCAGCAGCAACAGCAGUAUGCAUAUCAAGGCUUUGCUACCUACCCGCAGCAAGCUGUACAGCAAACACAGCAACCUAGCCAACCAUACGUUCACUAUUUCAACCAGCAGUUUCCUGCUGGACAACAACAGCAAUAUCUGCAGAUGACGCCCUCAACACAGGCCACAUACUACUAUAACUAUCCACAAGCGUCAGGUAUGGUUAUGCAAGGGCAGUAUGUACAGAGCCAGUACCCCCAAGGACAAACUGUUCAACAGACUCAGUAUGCUCAACAGACCCAACCCAUUUCAGCUCUUGGACAAGGCAUGGCUCCAAGCAGAGGGCUCAUGACGCCUAACUCAUCCCAAGGAAAUUAUAUGCAUACUGGCUUCCCAACUCAAUAAACAGAUAUCUCCCUCCCUGAACACCCCUAGGGUGGAGGGCAGGAUUCCCCCACCCCAUCACCUAUUGCACUCAAGGAUUAGACUCAGAACUUUGAUAUUGAGGAACUGGUUGGUGUCAUUGUUUGUGUCAGAAUUGGAAGAUAUGCAUCAUAAUAUUUUCAUUGAUAUGGAAUGCCUUAUGUUGGGUUGAAUGAUCUGCUGUGUUUUAAAAAUAGACACUUUUCAUUUACCUCAAUCUUACAUUGAGUGCAUUUGAUCAUGUGAUUUACAUUACAUAAUGUGCUUGUCAGAUGGUAAAAUAAAAAGCUCCAUUAGUGAGACUGUAACAUCAGAGGACAAGUCAUCUUAUAUCCUGACAUGUCUAAUGUAUAAUCACAUGAUUUGUCAGGUGGUUAGAUGAGAAUGCAGACAGCUGUGCUUGAAUUUGGCCAGUUAUGAUUGGUCAAGUUGAUCUAAAUAUGUCAAAUGAUUGGAUUGUAAAAUUCAGCUAAUACUGAAACAAAGAAAAAUUGGCUGAAAAUUGCCAAAUUGUGUAGAAAUAAAGUAAAGAGAGAGAGAGAGAGUGUGGUGAAUAUUGUAUAAAAGAAAUAACGUAAAGGAUUAAACAAAUAGUAGAGUAAAUAAAUCAAUGUGGGUGGUGGGUAAAAUGAACCUGUAGUGUGGGGGUCAUCCUCACAUUCUCAUAUAUACAGUAUGUGUAAAAACUGUUUGAAAUAAAAAGGGUUAUUUGUCAAUUUUUGGAUAUCGACUGAUGUUACUAGCUUGCCUGGGUUGAAGACAUCUCUUAACAGCAAGCAACAUAGGGAGAGACAUGCAGACGCUCUGUGUACUGUACUUUAGUUAUGUUUCUGGACAUUCCACACACUUGUACUUUUGAUACCUUGUCCUACAAUAUUUGUGUUAUGACCAGUUAGCUACAGUACCAUCUCUUACUGACAUGGUAUUUGAGAACUUUUGCAGACAUAUAGACUUAUUGCUGCAGUGUAUAGUGUUGAUUUUUCUGUUGCAAAAAGUAUGUCUAUACUGACGGAUGGAAAUUGUAGAAAAUCAUUGAUCAUAAUUUGGUUUGCAUUGUGCUUCUUCCAAUGCAAAGCCAAUUACUUCCACUGAAUACUUGUGGAACCUGCUGCUGCUCUGGAUUCAAGCCAACCCCCCACUUCUUCCAAACUAGGCUGAGUCUGUACUAGUAAGGAGGAGGUUGUAAGUUUGAAUCCCAUCUGAGCAAGCUUGUGAAUUUUUAUGGAACUCCCAGACCACACAGAAAAUAUAGUGUGAAUACAAGUCGCAGUAACGGCGAUUCCUAGUGUUGAAAACCUUUUGUUGAGACUGAGGGAAGUACAGUAUCCGGAGUAGGGAGAUUUUUUUCAAGUUGUUUGUGCUGUCUGAAACCCUGUUGUUUACAAAGACAACAAUUAUAUACCCUGGCAUUGUAACAAGAAAAAUGUCAUAAGUCACAUUUUAGUCAAGGAAUUAGCUGCUGUGUUGGAUAUUUAGACUGUGGGAAAUGAAAACAUGCUUUUGAUGAUUACAUUGCAUGUACUCUUUACUUGUAUGUAGCAUGUGUGUCUAUGUUCUUUGUAAUUUGUUGCUGUGGAAUAUUUGUAAGAUGUUUGUUACUGGAAGUUCCUGCCCUUUGUGAAAAAGCAUGACUUAUAUACAGCCUGGUUUUAUAACACUUGGUUUCUGAAAAAUCUUUUAUAUUUUGGAAUGGCUACCAUUAGGUUUGGAAAAAACCUCAGAAAAUAAACAGUUGAACUUGUGGAUUGUUUCCUUGCCAGAAUACAGGACGAUCACAAGUUACUCAGGGUAAGAACUACAACGUUCAGUGCCUUUUUGUUUUUUUCUCUCAUCCAUAUUGAAUAAUACUUCACAGUAUGGAUUUUAAAGUCUGAUGCUGCAAAGCUUUUAUUAAAGCAAGUACCCUCCAUGCCUAGCGUGUUAACUAGUUUAUUAGUCAUACCUGUGUGCAUUGUUUUGUCUCCUGUUUGGCCCUGUGUGUCCUGUUCUCAUAGCAACCUUAAUUGUGGGAUGGGUUGGUUUUUGAGGGAAUAUUUGUACUGAAUGUGGCAGAUUGCACUGUGAAAGAACAGGGCUGGUGAAAGAAUAGAAAUAAUUUUUUCCCACUCCCAAGAUAUUCUUGUUACAAUGCCCACUGUAAAUAACGUGAGUUACAAAGUCACAUUUAGAAGUAGAAAUAGCCUGUGUUCAGUUUAAAAACCUGCAAACUGUUAAAUAUAAACAGUAUGAACAGACAACAUUGGGUUCAUUAUGCUCUCUUUGCUGUGUAUGUUGAUACCCACAGCAAAGACAAAUAACUUUAAGUUAAUCAUUUCUCAAUUUCUGCCUUGCUUACCUACCAGCAAUUCUCAUACACAAAGUGAAGUGCUGCAAUUUUGUGAAGUCUGUCUUUUACAACUAUUCCACAAAUGCCACCAUCACCUUGUUUAUUACUUCUUUUUGAAAUCAGUUUCAAUAAUGCGGAAAAAUGACAUUGACUAAAAUAAUAAAUUAUGAGUUACAGGAUUAUGAGGAACAAACUCUUAAAUAUGGUCAUUAAUAUUCAUGAACUGAGUAACUAAUUUUUGAAGUUGGUCAUUAGAACUGAUAUGUUUAGUGUUUGUGACAGGAAUGUUUUGUAACAGUUGGGACCAUGUUUUUUUUCCCCCCAUUUUAAGAUGGUGUCGAAACUAAAUUUGAUGCCACAUCACCACAGUAUGCGCUGUGAAUAGUUGUUGGCUGUAAAAAAGGGGGAAAAAGGCAAGAGAGAAGGAUGAUUUUUAGGAUGGCAUUUAAAAUUCAUCCUCAGUUCUUUGUACUGGUGCUGUUGGUUUGGCCUAAUUUCAUGGAUUUCUUCACCUGUUUCUACAUCUGAGAACUCGGGGAAAACAAGUUGGAAGUAUAAACUUUGUUGUAUCACGUGCACAUUUUAUAAUUAAUUUUAUAAUUAAUUGCAACUUUGUGUGCUGGUAUGUUAAGAGCUAUUGCCUUAAGAAAAACAUCACUCAGUAUGACACAGCUGGAAAAAUAUGAUCAAUAUGGUCUGAUUUUUGACGAUGGAUUAGUAACGGAAACACUAAAUUAAAUAUUGGCUCUUACCAACUUUCAGCAAAUAAUUCAUUGGAUUUUUUUUAAUAAGGAGCAGAAUGACAUUUGGCAAUUGUAUAUUUCCUUGCAUGCCCACUUGGUCAGUAUAGAGGGGUUUAUCUAUUGGCAAGGAGAUGAAAUAAACUAAGAUGGAAUGGCAAAGAAUAGAAAUUACUGUUGUGUUCUGAUAAACGUAUCCACAAAUUAUCCUAGGUAAUGUUAACUCGGUGUAAUUAUCAUAUUGAUGUGAAAUGAGUUUGGUCAUCUUGAGAAUGGAAGUGCAUUUUUUGUUGGGCCAGCCCUCCCACAGCAAUCUGUGUUUGCUUAUCAUUAACUAAAUGCAUGAGUAGUUUUCGAUUUUUCUAUACAAGUUUUAUACUGUGGAGACUUCUUAUGCUCCUAGAAGCAGAUUACUGUCUUUUAAGGAUGGAUGGAGUAUUUUCUCAUGUGAAACGAGUGAUAGCUGUGACUUUGGGUGGGGGGAUGGGACAGGGUGUAUGUGGUUAUAUAGGAUUUGAUACAUGGUUGCAAAUUGUAAAACAUUUGUUCAAUGUCAUUCAUUAUGAAGGAUGUUGUGGUUGUGUGGGAGAGCUGGCCGGGAGUUUCAGAAGUUGGUAAUCAUCAGAACUGAUCUGUCAUGGAAAAUGAACACAAGGACAGUGAAUGUUUAUUGUAAUUAUAAAUUUUGCGUUAUGUUAAAAGGCAUCAAUUUCAAUCCCAGAUUUUGUUGUAACAGCCAAGCUUACUGUUGCAGUCUUUUACGUGUUCAAAGUUGUGAACUUGUGUUGCAUUGGCAUGGCAACUUUGGCCUUGCAUCAGAAUAGCAACGUGUACUGUUGUGUAGCGCCCUCUAGCAUUGAGUUAUUGGUAUAAAAAGUGAACAAGUUUUGGGUUUCAUAUACAUAUCUAAUUAGCAAUGUGAUUGGUCCCGUUCUGUGGUUUUUAGUUAAUGUAUCUUGAUUAUCAACAAUUGUACAUAUACUCAGUGUCCAUUGUUACAAAAAAUGUGUUGAAGUCCGUAAAUUCCACUGUGCUGAGUCACAAUGGAAGAAGUUCAUAAGGCAAAUGUAUACAUAAUGUGAAAUAUUUUAAGGGUGGGUGUGUUUUGGAAUGGUAGAAAGGGAGAUUUUAGUUAUAAACAAAAGUAGCAAGUAGAUUUGUAGCAGUAAACAUAAAACUGUCAGAAAGAAGUGUACAAAAUAUAAUAUUUGGGUUUAAACAAAAUGAGUUAGACCAGAAAUACAGUAACUAAAGAGUCCAAAUAAAGCAUUGUAAGAUGGAAAAAUGUUAUUAGGACUUUGGUGAUGAUGUUUCAAUAGUGUACAAAACCCUGAAUCGAAAUUGAUUGGAUUUUGGUUUCCAAUAUGGGGUGUAGUUAGCCAUAGUAAGAUACAUGUGCACUGAAUUAGGCUUAGCCAGCUAACGUCAGGGACAAAGUAUAAUAUGAAGCAAUUUCCCAAAACACUGGUUUUUGUAGAAUGAUGGGGUAUAAAGCAAAUAAAAAGGUAUAAUUUGUAAACAAA